AGAAUACUCAACUUCGAUAAGAUUCAUUUCUUCAAAGAUAAAAUAAAGGUGAAAAUAUGCAAUGUAUGUCUCUUAUUUCUAGAACAAAGUGUAUUUUGUAAUUCUUACUCAAAGAAAGAAAAUUUGGUCUCUGUUUCUGUCUCUCAGUGUCUUCCAUGGUGGCACUGUUGCGCAUAAGAAGAAUCAUCAUCACCUGCAUCAACGCGCAAGGGUUUCCGUUCUCUCCUCACUCUUCUCCAAAAUCCAAACUUUUCUCAACAUUAGCGCUCCAACUCCAAUGGGAACCUCUCACCAAAUCCCAACUCAAGACCCUCGUUCUCAACCAGUACGCCCAUGGAAGCUUCACCAACCUCAUCCAAAACGUCGUCGCUUCACCCCUCGUCCUCUUCACCGCAUGCCAAAACCUCGCAGCCGCUCCCUUACGCCCGGCCUCGCUCCAGGGCCGCUUCAGCAUCGAGACCACGUCCCGGGAGCUCCGCGAAAACCGUUUCGACGUGGAAGCGUGUUGCGUCACACUAACGCCCUCCAGUAAAACCGCUUCUUCUUUGCCUUUGGUUUUACCCAAUUUGAAGCUCAAGGUUGUGGUUGAGGCCAUUCGGAUGGUGUUGGAAAUCGUGUACGACGAACGCUUCGCCACGUUUUGCUACGGUGGCCGCGUCGGAAUGGGACGACACACCGCCAUAAGGUACUUGAAAAACUCCGUCGAGAACCCUAGUUGGUGGUUCACCGUGAGGUUUAAGCCUCACGGGUUUGAACAUUUCCAUGUGGAGAAGCUGUGUUCUGUUAUUGAACGCAAAGUGAAGGAUGUCGUUUUCAUUGAUUUGAUAAAGAGGUUGUUUCAGUGCAAGGCUUUGGUGAUUGAAUUGGGUGGGGAUUGGCUGGGAAGGGGGCUUCCUCAGGAAUGUGGCUUGUGUUCUAUUUUGAUGAAUGUUUACUUUGAUGGCUUUGAUAAAGAGAUUCAAGAGAUGCGAUUGCGGGAGAAUCGAGAGAAUCGGGAAUUGGAUCCGAAGAUUAUUGGUUCAGGUUUGGAUUCUGAUGUAUUCUACAAGCCUAUGAAAGUAUAUGCGUUGAGGUACUUGGAUGAGAUACUUAUUGCCACAUCAGGGUCGAAGAUGUUGGCCAUGGAGUUGAGGAUGGCAGUUGUCAAGAGUUUGGAACUUGGUUUAGGUUUACGUGUUGAUAAGGUGAAUACUGCAAUUCAUAGCGCGGUGUCGGAGAAGAUUGUGUUUCUUGGGAUGGAGUUGCAAGCUGUUAGGCCUUCAGUUUUACGCCCACCCAUGUCAGAGAAAGCAAUCAGAGCACGAAAGAAGUACCUCAGGCAGAAAGAAGUUAGGGCUCUUGAAUUGAGAAAUGCCAGGGCAAGGAAUAGAAGGAAUUUGGGUUUGAAGAUAUUUAGUCAUGUUUAUAAAAAGGUCAAGCAGAGUGAUGGAUUUAAAUUUGAUUUUAGUAUUGAAAGCGAGGUCCGAGAUAUUUUUAGAUCUUGGGCUGAUGAAGUAGUGCAGGAGUUCUUGGGGAAUAUAGACGAGUGUCAAGAAUGGCAUCGAAGUCUUUCUUCUGGUGAUUUUCUUCAGUUGAGACACAUUAGGAAUCAAUUGCCACCUGAACUUGUUGAUGCUUACGAUAAGUUUCAGGAGCAAGUUGAUAAACAUUUGAAUGCUACAAAAGCUAGGAAGGAGAUUGAGGAAGAGGAAAGAAGAGUAAAGGAAGAAGAAGAACAGAGUUAUUCCAAAGGAACAGUUGAGGAUUUGACAAGCCUCUGUAUGAAAGUUGAGGCACCAGAGAUACUCAUAAGAAAGGCUGUGAAGUUGGUUGGGUUUACAAAUCAUAUGGGUCGACCGAGGCCAAUUGAAUUUCUGGUUGCACUUGAGGAUACCGAUAUUAUCAAGUGGUAUGCUGGCAUAGCAAGAAGGUGGCUCGAUUAUUUCUGCUGCUGCCACAACUUCAAGAUGGUCAAAACUAUUGUAUCUUAUCAUUUGAGGUUCUCUUGUAUCUUGACAUUAGCAGAGAAGCAUGAAUCCACCAAGCGUGAAGUGAUAAAACAUUUUAGCAAAGAUUUGAAGGUCUAUGAUAUGAAUGGAAAUCAUGAAGUGCAUUUUCCAACAGAAAGAGAGGUUAAGAUGAUGGGAGAUAGAAAUCUUUCUGAUCCAAAACCAGUAGAUGGGGCUUUAUCUUUGGCUGUAGUAAGGUUGGCAUCCGAUGAGCCUCCAUCACAAUGCAUUGCCCAUUUCUGUGACAAGACAACCACAAUCUUUUAUCGGGUCCAUUUGCUGCACAACAGAUUGAAUUUGAACUCAUCAGAGAAAGAAAAAUGGGUGCAAGGGAUGGGUGUAAUUCAUGAAAGCCUAAACCGUAAGUGCCUCCCUCUCUGUACUGAUCAUGUAAAUGAUUUGUACAUGGGGAGAAUCACACUCCAAGAUAUUGACUUUCCUUAUUGUGUCGAUGUGGACUGACUUUUGCUGCUAAUAUAUAUUUACUUCAGUUGGAAUCAAGAUGAGUCCUUUAUUCCUUCAUGAACUGAAAAAAGUUCUAGCAUGUUUGAAGUUUGUCCUUCGGUUAUUUUGAUUCAAUUUGUCUACCUCCUCAUGUGAUUCGGUUUGCAAGUAGUUCUUGUGGUGGUGAAUUGGUUUCAGCAGGGGAGAUAGUCUCUCAUAGGUUUUGCAGCUGGAUUGGUGGAAGGAACUGUGUUGAUGGUUAGUGUAACUGUAGGUGUGAUGACUGGUGCAGUUGAUGUUGGACUUGUGGGGGGAAACUGUAGUAGGCACGUUGCUGCACAUGAGCAAUGCAAUACGUUUGUCACGGUAAUGGAAAGUUCUUCACCAUGGAAGCUUUGUUCAGGGUAAAUACUGUAAAAUAUCGUUUGAUUCCUGACUCUUUCUUCAUGAUGUGAGUAUUGAAAUAUAAAUAAUUCAAGGAACUUACUACAUUAAAAGGUUGUAUUACUUUUUGAGGAUAAAAUGAUAUGCAUGCAUUUACACGGUAAUCUGAUAAAGCUUGGGAUUUUGUAUAAAAUGAAAAGCCAAGCAGGAGGGGAUAAUAGUGAUUGACU